CGCUCGCUCGAGUCUCAUUCACAGCCACCUUCUGCGAUCCGGUUUCAUGCCCAGUUACUAUUGUUGGACCAAGCACGGAGAAAGAGGGGUUAUGAUGGAAGACAAUGACGAAGAGGAAGAGGAUGAUGACGGUUAUCCCAAUUUCCCUGAAUACGAUGAUACUGCAGAAGGCAAUGAAGACAAUGAAGUAGAAGAUCAAGAGGCACCAGAUGAGCCUGCUGAUGAUGAUCUUGGCCGGGCCAUUGCUGAUGCAAGGAGAGAAUGUGAAACUGAAAAGGAAAGGUUGGCCUUCGACAAGAUGAUAGAAGAUCACAACAAAUUGUUAUACCCAACUUGCGAAGAUGGCCAUAAAAAGCUAGGCAGCACACUGGAAUUGUUGCAAUGGAAGGCAGAGAACGGUGUCACUGACUCAGGAUUUGGAAAGUUGCUGACAAUAAUUAAGAGGAAGCUUCCAAGGGGUAACGAAUUGCCCGCCAGUACGUACGAAGCGAAGAAGAUUGUCUGCCCUCUAGGAUUAGAUGUGCAAAAGAUACAUGCAUGCAUUAAUGACUGCAUCCUCUACCGCGAUGAGUACGAGAAUUUGGAUGCAUGUCCGGUGUGCACUGCAUUGCGGUAUAAGAUCAGACGAGAUGACCCUGGUGAUGUUGAGGGCGAGCGCCCCGGGAAGAGGGUUCCUGCCAAGGUUAUGUGGUAUGCUCCUAUAAUACCACGGCUGAAACGCUUGUUCAGAAAUAAAGAGCAUGCUAGGUUGUUGCGAUGGCACAAAGAAGACCGUAAGAAAGACGUGAUGUUGAGGCACCCUGCUGAUGGCUCCCAAUGGAGAAAAAUCGAUAGAGAGUUCCCAAACUUUGCACAGGAUGCAAGGAACUUACGGUUUGGUCUCAGUACAGAUGGCAUGAAUCCUUUUGGAGAGCAGAGCUGCAGCCAUAGCACCUGGCCUGUGACUCUUUGUAUAUAUAACCUUCCUCCUUGGUUGUGCAUGAAGCGGAAGUUCAUUAUGAUGCCAGUGCUCAUACAAGGCCCGAAGCAACCCGGGAACGACAUUGAUGUGUACCUGAAGCCAUUAGUCGAAGAACUUCUACAGCUGUGGUCCCUAGCAGGUGUACGUGUGUGGGACGAGCACAAGCAGGAGGAAUUUGACCUAAGAGCGAUGCUUUUCGUAACCAUCAAUGACUGGCCUGCUCUUGGU